AUGAGGAACCACACAGCAAUAACCACUUUCAUCCUGCUGGGACUGACAGAUGACCCAAAACUGAAAGUUCUGCUUUUCAUCUUUCUGUUGCUCACCUACAUGUUGAGUGUAACAGGGAACCUGACUAUUAUCACCCUCACACUGGUGGAUCCUCAUCUUAAGACACCUAUGUACUUCUUCCUCAGAAACUUUUCCUUCCUAGAAGUUUCAUUUACUACUGUCUGUAUCCCUCGAUUCCUGUACAGUUUAUCAACUGGAGACAAUACUGUUACCUAUAAUGCUUGUGCAACUCAGAUAUUUUUUGUUUUUCUCUUUGGAGCAACAGAAUUUUUUCUCCUGGCAGCCAUGUCCUAUGAUCGCUAUGUGGCCAUCUGUAAACCUCUUCAUUACAUGACCAUUAUGAACAACAGAGUGUGCACCUUAUUAGUCCUCUCCUGCUGGGUAGCUGGCUUGAUGAUUAUUGUCCCACCCCUUAGCUUAGGCCUCCAGCUUGAAUUCUGUGAUUCUAAUGCCAUUGAUCAUUUCAGCUGUGAUGCAAGUCCCCUCCUAAAGAUCUCCUGCUCAGACACAUGGAUAUUAGAACAGAUGGUUAUCAUUGGAUUUUUGGUGACACUCUUGGUCACACUGGUCAUGAUGAUGGUAUCCUACACCUAUGUUGCUCUGAUCAUUCUAAGAAUCCCUUCAAUUAGUCAGAGGAAAAAGGCUUUUUCCACAUGUUCUUCUCACAUGAUCAUGAUAUCCCUUUCCUAUGGCAGCUGCUUCUUCAUUUAUCUUAAACCUUCAAUCAAACAAAGAACAUCUUUUUCCAAGGGAAUCGCUGUCCUUAAUACCUCAGUUGCUCCACUUUUGAACACUUUCAUCUAUACCUUAUGGAAUCAACAAGUGAAAAAGCCUUUGUUAAUCUGA